CUCCCAUCUUCCUCUUCAGAGACAACAGACGGGCUCUUGCUUUCCACGCCUCUUCCUCUCUCCACCUGCCCAGGAGCCAUGCAGUCUCCCAAAAAAAGCUUGAUCUGCAACUUAAACCACGUCCACCUGCAACACAUCUCCUUGGGCCUCCACCUCUCCAGGCGCCCAGAACUUCAAGAGGAGGAGGAGGCCAACACCUUGGGCCCGUCCAAGGAGCAAGUGGACUGCCACCAAUGCGAGGAACAUGGCAGUCACCUCAUCCCCAGCCUGGUGGACGCCAACUCCAACAACCCAUUGUUGACUUGCCGGUGUUGUGAGGCUCACCCGGUAUCAUCUGAGGUCAAGCAGGGCCUCCAGUCUCCAUCUUCCUUGGCCAACUGCCCAACGGUCAACCAUGAAGAAGAAGGGGAGGAAGAAGAAGAGGAGGAGGAGGACGAGGAGGAGGCAUCUCCUUCAGACCCAACUUCUUCAUCCAUCAGCAGCUGCUCGGAUCUCAGCUUGGAUGAGUCUCCCGUCUCGGUCUACUGCAAGCCCUUCCCUGCUGAAGAGGCCCGGAGUCCAGAAAGCCAACCGAAUAUUGUCCCCUUGGAGGACACGCAAAACGUUCUGGUCCACCCCCAAGAGAGAGGUCCAAACCUUAAUGUCCCCCGAGUUGGACAUCCUGAGGUCCAUAUCUGGGAUAGUCCAGAUAGUUUGUACAGCAGCAGCUCACCAGAAUCUUCCUUUGACAGCUCUCCUCCUUGUCCGGAAGUCCUAGUUGGAUCAUCUCAGGUUGGGUCCAUCAAAGUUCCUCCUCUUGUUCCGCCCCCUGUCCGCCCCUGCAGGGCACCUCCCGCAGUGCCGGUGGUGCCCCCUCGUGGGGCGGAAGUAGAUUCCAACUGCAACGCGCUCCCUGCUCGCGAGGUCAAGUCCAACAGCGUCGCCUUGGUCCAAGUGGACAUCAACUCCAACCGAGCCCCGCCGGCGAGGUCUCGUUUUGGAGGCGUGCCUCCUCCGAUCCCCCCUCGGACCAAGAGGGGUCUUCAGGGGUUGAGAAGAAGUGAAGAGGGGAAGCUCACUCCAGAAGUGGUCCCUCCUGAAGCUGUGGAGCACCCGUUCCACCGCGGUGAACCACAAGGAGAAACAUCUAAGAAGGUCAUCACCUCCUUCCAUGAGUUGGCUCAGAAGAGGAAGAAGAUGGCGUCCGCGCCGCCCGUUCUCCACACCAAGAAGGACCAAAGUGAUUGGCUGAUCAUCUUUUCUCCCGACACAGAGAUGCCUCCGUCUCACGAACUCUCCUGGGGAGCCGGACAGGAGACCACCAAGCCGCCUACUUGUCCGCCCAAGGAGCCUUCUCCUCCUCCUCCCCUCGGUGUCCAACGAGGGAUCAUCACCUUCAAGGACCUCCGUCAUCGGAAGCAGAGCAGCCAACUGGCCACCAAGGCGGGCAACCCGAGCCAUCACCGGGGGCAUCCUGGUCAAGGAGUCCCCGACGGUCGCGCCGGGCAAGAGAUGAGCGACUCGGAACCGGGGGCCAAUGGACACUUGUGGGGGGCGAAGGAAAUCCCACCCCGGAUGAAGAGGUCCCGUCCGGGGCUACAGCCGAUUGUGGAAGGAGGUUCUGACGAUGGAGAAGAUAUAGGAGUCAAGCCGAAACAGCUUGGGAGACCCUUGGAGACUCAACCUCAGGAGAGGUGGGAUCUUGACGUCUGCGGGAAGGCAGAGGCGGCGGACAGGAAGGUCCCUAAGGCUCACCAGAUCCUCCCUCGGCCGCGGGGUCUCCUCGUCCCUUUCCCCCCAGCAAGAGGGCAGGCUGCUGGACCCUCUUCUCCUCUUUCCCACCCUCCCAGCUUUGAGAAUGCGGCUCAGCUGCCCCCUGACCCAUCCGUGGCAGCCUUUUGCCCAAGGCUGAAGACUCUUUCGUGCGAAGACGUUUGCUUAUUGGCAACCCGGCAGGGACCGCUUUUCGACGCAGUGUCUCCAGACCUCCCCGUCCGUCUCUCGCCCAUCGGGGCGUAUUCCCCACCAGCUCGAAGCCUGCUCCCCUUCCUCAGCAGCCCUGAUCUGGCUGUCCUGUUCUCUCCUUUCUUCCCCUCCAGCAAAUCCUUCCCUGUCUUAGCUUUCCCCACCCACCAGGUGCCCGAGCUGUCAUUUGGAGCCCGAGACCCCCUGGGAAAGCAGGGUGGAAAGGGUCCCUGGGGGAAAGCUAUGAGCGCCAAGGAGUCGGGAGCCCCUCGCCAACGCUCAGCUGGGGGACAGCCAGCUCACCCCCGAAGUGGGCUACCUGAUCCUCAAUUCGCUCUGCCCCGCCUUGCGGGCCCUGGUGAGUGACGGCCUGAAGCCCUUUCAGAAGGACGUCAUCACGGGACACCGGCCCAGUUCUCCGUGGAGUGUCAUCGAAGCUUCGGCUAGGCCAGAGCUGAUCUCCUCCCUCUACCUGCCCACCGCCUUCCUCCUCCUCAGCCAGCGGUUCUGCCACCGUUGGGCCGAAGAGCUGCUUCUCCUCCUGCAACCCCUCUCCGUCCUCACCUUCCAACUGGACUUGCUCUUCGAGCACCGCCACCUCCCCGUCAGCGUCCGGCCGACGGUCCAGCGAAGCACCCCGUCUCCCAAACCCGGGGCCGGCCGCUGGGAGAGCCCCCGUUUGACCCCGCCGGAUUCCUCCGAAGCCCCGCUUGUUUUCGCCGCUUGGGAAGAAGGAUUCUUGGCUCCAUCCAGCCCCUUCCAGGAAUGGCUUCUCCCCCAAAGACUUCUGGGAUGGAAAGAGCGACUAGCCAGCGCCCUGCGCGGGAACGGGAGCCCAGCCUGGGCCCGAGAGGAGACCCCAGCCUCCCCGCCUCCGAGCAAGUGGACCAAACUAUGGGUGGCCGUGAAGGAGAGCCGGGCUGCAGCUGGUGACAAUGCCGAAGAACGCCCCAAAUUUGGGGAAAAGGACUUCGAGGUCGAAAAACCAUCACUGGACGGCAAGAAGGAAGGCUCGGAGGUAGCGAGCCGUCCCAAACCGGCAAUGGAUCUCCCUGAGGCAGGAGAAGUCUAUCUGGAAGGCGAGGAGGAGAAAUCGGAGGCGGGAAAUGGAAAUGAAAGGUGGCUGGGAUGGCUGUUUGGAGCCAAUUCUCCUGGGACUUUAAAUGAGGUGGAUUCAAGUCUAUCCCGCUCCAGGUAGGUGGUGGCGGGGCCUGUUCUGAGCUAGGUUUUCCCCCAAAAGGCACGAGGCAGAUUCCUGGUCCCGACAAAACCCCUUUUAUUAAACAAAUGUGAAUUCCUCUCCUUCGCCUUCAGCCAAGGC